CGAUCACCUCCUGUGACGUGAAACAUUUUAGAAAAGAUUUUCCAUUGACGUGAACCAAUCAGAUGAGAGCUGCCGUCUGUAAGACCCUCACCAGUGUCAGUUAUUCACAGUCACUCACAGAGAUGGAGAGGUCAAGACUUGCUCUCGUCGUGCUCAUGUGUGUUUUGUUGUUCAGUCAGAACAGAAUCUCUGGAGCAGAAGUGGAGAUGAAAGUCAGACCAGGAGACAACAUCACUCUCUACUAUGAUCGCCCUGCAACUCUUGGUUCUCUCUUUGUAUGGAUCAGAAACUGCUCUCAUGAAAAUCAACCCUCUCUCAUAAUAAGUGUAGUAAGUUUGGACCUGGGGACACUUCAGCGUUUCAGCUCUGACUACAACCGCUCCAGUAAUUCUUAUGAUCUACAUAUUACUAACAUCAGUGCCUCUGAUCUGGGAGUGUAUUACUGUGCCGAAGUAGAGAAUAAAGCAUAUGAAGAUGGACGAGGCAGGGGCUACCAAUCUAAAGUGUGCUAUUAUGGAAACCGAACAACUCGUGUCUCUUUUGCAGAGGAAGUAACUCCAUGUUCUGGACUGAACAUCACCUCCACUCCUCGUGUAUCAGACUGUGUUCUCUGCUGGACACUGCUGUUCAGUGUGUGUCCGGUGUGUGUUCUCCUGUCCUCCAUCUGUGUGUACUGCCUCUGUCAGAGAAAAACUGCAGAUUCUGAGCAGAUUGGAGAGAUACUCACCGCAAAUGUUAUUAAGAGGGAUCCUACAGUGAAACAUCAGUGUGAGAAGAAUAAAACUGGAAAGAUCUGCCUCCACACUGAAGUCUCUUAUAGACUGCUGACAUCUUCAUAUCCCUAUGCCAAGAUGUGAUUCUCCUGCUCAGUUUAAACAAUGUACUGAAAACUUCCUGCUUUUUAUUGCUCUCUUUUUGUAAUCAGCAACAUCAGGUAUGAUUUCUGAACUCGCUUUUUCUCAAGCCUGCUUUAACCACAUUUACACAUGCACACACCUAACUAACUAGCAGCACAUUUAUAUAAUUGUACAAUUAUUUACAAAUACAAUUACGCAUGAUACAUAAAAAUAAAAAAUAUAUAUUUUUUUUCAAAUGUUUAAAUAAAAUACUAAUGAAAUAAAGUAUUUUUUAAAGUAUUGCUAAUACAUUUUAUUUGCACAUUUUCUGGUUGCAAAUUAUAUUUUUGUAAUGAAAUAACAUUGAUGUUUUAAAAACAACAUUAAUUCAAAAUUGUUUAUUGGAUUUAACAUAUCAAGAAAAAACAAUUAUACCUAAUUACAAUUAAUAACUGUUUAUUAGCCAGUUUGUGUGUGUGUGUUUUUUGUUUUUUUUUUGUAAAUAUGUCCUUCUGUGGUAUAAAAGCUACAUUUAGACUGAUCAGUAAAACAUUUAAAAUGAGUGACAACAACUUAAAUGCAGAUCUGUUUUCCUUUUCAGUCCAGAAUCAUAAUUACUUUCUUUGUCAUAGAAGGGAUGAGAAAAAUAAACUUUACAUUCUCUGUUCUCACACUAUCAACAGGAUGUUCGAAUGGGUUUCCUGUGUACGUUUGCCUACAGCUCAUUCUUUCUUUUUUCUUUUUCUCUCUUCCUGUGGGCAGCUAUAAGUACCAACCACAAAUGUUUCCACUGGACUCUAUCAACAGAAAUGCACAAAUUGAAAGAAAAAUGAAAAAUGAAGCACUCCAUUCAAAAUAUCACAAACGUGUCUCAAAAACAUUAAAAAAUGUCUUACAUUGCAAACACCUUUGCCAUAAUAU